AUGUGGGAGGUGAUCCAAAUGGGCUUCCAGCAAGUCGAAGACAUCCUGGACAGCAUUAACCUGGGCCACUAUCGCGACUACUUCAUAGCCAAGGGCAUGUUCUACGGUGCGAAGAUGCGUGCGCUGUCACGCAAGUUUCUGGAUUUACACAUGCCAGCAAUCACCGACCCAGACGAGAAGGAUCAGCUUCUGGAGGUGUGCGCAACGGCUUGCAAAGACGAGAAUAUUCGGCUGUUCCCUUACCGCUACGGCGAUCCUGACAAGCUGCUGCACGCUUGCCACGAAGGGAGGCGCUUUUUGACGGAGAAGUACACUCAAGGCUGGUUCUGCGACAUAUCGCUGAUCUCCUACCCCUUGAUGGUUGAUGCCUACAACAAGUCCCACAUGCUAGCUGAAGAGGACAAGCAGUCAAUCCGGGCAUACGACUCCUGGGUCUUCGGCGCUGACUCCGCUGGCCGACUGUACCUCUUCCCGCAGAGCGACUCGAAGGUGCCGCCAUGUGUUCGGUGCCCCCGGCUCCACAGCAUCUCCGUGUUGGACGCGGCCGUGGACUGGAAAGCCAUGCGAAGCGUGUCGGUCGGCAUGGAAGGGAUUAUGAACUUCUACAAUCUUGAGAAGGAUGCGGUGGAGCACUCGCUGCAUGUUGCGGCUGCCUGCAGCCUGUCAGCGUCCAAGGACUUCUGGAGCGCCCUGGACGCGGACUUCGAACUGGGAAAUAUGGCGGCCGGCCUUUCCAGUGGCCAUCUCCAGCUUGUGGACCUGGAGCUUGCGAAGCCAGUUUGCAUGAUCCCGAGCCACGCUGCGAUGGUGCGGAAUGUCAAAGCCAACUGGACGACGAACGAAGUCGCGUCUUGCUCCUAUGAUGGCUUCAUCAACCUUGUCGAUGCGCGCACCACCAAGACGGUUCGCCGCCUUAAGGGGGAGGGCCAGUGGGAUGCCAUGGAUGUCUGCUUCGACAAGCAGAUUGCCCUUGCCGCCUCCAAGUUUGAGCCUGCAACCACCCUGUGGGACCUAAGGAGUGGGCAGGUGGUUCGCGAAUACGACCUUCCUGGCCACCGCCCGAAUUGCAUCAACGUGGACUGGAAGACCAUGACGGCCUGCACCGGCGCCGACGAUGGGAAGGUGAUGUUUUGGGAUUUGGAAACUGGUGAAGUGUCGCAGACGAUCGAUUGCGAGCACUUCCUCACACAGUCUUUGGACAUUUGCUGGUCCCGCGGCUUGCUCCUCACUGGAUCAUUCGACUACCAGUUCAAGCUUUGGGAUGUGAAGUCUGGAACUCUGCUGAAGCGAUUCAUCGAACCCACGCGUUGCCUCACGCGCGUCUUCUUGCAGUGA